AUGAAGGUUUUACUUGCUUUCGUUUCGAUCUUCUUGCUCGAGGCUACCGUCUUCGCGCAAUUCGACACUUUUGAGGUUUGUUUUGAUUGAACUAAUGAAGAACCCGAAGGAAAAGCGAGAUUGUUGCAGAAAACCGGCCCUCAUCCGCCAGAAAUCGCCCGAGAGCCUUUGGAACCACUGUCAACUAUGCAAUCUGGAACGCCACGAGCUCCAGGUACCUUCAUGAAAACAGAAAAUUUUCAGAGUGGUCCCUAUAGGUUUUAGGGGAAAAACAGCAAAAAAUGUGACCCCUACAGGGGUUUAGUUUUGGGGGUCCUUAUUAGGGUUGGGCCUGACCUCUGAGCUCCUAAAGCUCAAGUGAUCCCCAUAAGGGUCUUUUUUGAUCAGAUUUGGAAGUUAAGAAGUCUUUUUUAAUCAAACUUGAUCGAUGAAUCUUCUGUUGAUAGAUAUUUUUCAAAAGAACAAUACUAAUUUCUUGUUUUUCGCAUGGAAGUGUUGCUUUUUUGAAAAUGCAAGUCCCCUGUAGGGAUCACUAACUGAAACCCUUAUAGAAACCAUUUUGCACAUUCCAGUGGUUGCUCCUUUAGAGAACCACUGUUCCUAAAGAUAGAAAAGAUAUGCUGCAAAAGUUUGUAUCCAUUCUGACCUUCACUGCACUCUCUGACAAUUUCAAACAUCCUUUAAAAUAAUUUAAAACUAAUCAAAUGAAUGACAGGCUUUGCCCCACCGUCAACCUUCCAAAUGCCGCAGAACAAUGACGUCAAUCUCGGGGUUCGCAAUUUUUAUUCGUUCUGUUUUUUUUCUCGCCGUUUUUUCACAAGAAUACACAAAAUGAGAAUAUUGCAGUUUGUCGUGAAGAGAGGACGUGCCAAAGUUAUGGGAUUCUCGCACCGGAAGUCUGAGAACGUUAAAUAA